UACUUAAAUGAGUUUAUGUGUUUAGUUAGUACUCAGUUACUAGUAGGUAGGUAUAUUAAUAUUCAUUUACAAUACAAUUCAGCAAAACCUUUGUUACGCUACUUAAGUAAAACGUCUCUUACGGAGUAUUAUUCCUUGUAAUUUAUUCAUUGCCACUCAAUUGUUUGAAGACGAGACUUUUCAAAAAAUUUCCUCAAAACAAGAAUCUGUUCGUUAGCCGUCACAGUGUUUGUCCAGUUGUUCGAAAAAUUUCGAAUAAUAGGUACUUAAAUGAGCCCAUAAUGCAUAAAUUUUCAGUUUAGUGUCAACUGUUCUUGAUACAAGUGGAAAAUACGAAGAGUUAUAACUAAAAAUAAUUAUUCAUUACUUAUCACUAAUUAAUGAUGCUGAUUAAAAUAUUUCUAGUUUCCGCAUUUAUUGCCGCUUCAGCUAAUGCUGGCUGGGUUUGGAAAGAUGAUAAAAAUGAGCCGUCAGGUGCCAGGUUUCGCCGAAUGACCAACCCUACCCCACAGUUUCCCAACAUUGCCUUUCCUGGUUUCCCUAACGUACCCCUAGCUCUCCCAGGUAUGCCCAAUUUCGGUAAUUUAUUCCCACAUAUCAAUUUCCCUAAUAUCAAGUUCCCAGAAAUCAAGAUGCCAGAGAUAAAAUUCAUAUCUCCUGAGGAGAUUGCUGCACAUAAGGAGCCGGGAUAUACUGGAGUAUCUAUGGUUUCCACAAGCGACGGUGGUACCACUUAUACGGUUAAUAAAGGUGGAAAAAUAGAGACAUUUACAGUUCCUGCGGGUACAUCAAAUACGAAAACAUCCUCUAUCGUAGCAGCGGCAAUGAGCAACUGAGAAAUAUAUAAUCUACAGAAAAAUAACUAAGCAAAAGUCAUUUAGUUAGUUUACAUAAAUCGAUGCACGGUUUGUAAAGUUUUAUUUUACA